AUGUGGUUGAUAUUAAUAUGUUAUUGUCUUUAUUGGUUGACAUGUGCUUCUUCAUGGUAUCCCGUGAAUUCAAUGCUUGGAGAACAAAUAGAUCUUAUCACUGGUAUAAACAAAAGUUUUAUUCCCAAUUGGACUAAAAGUGUAGAAAAUGAAGAGACAAAGAAUGUUUUUGAUACUUUUGUUACUAACAAUGCCUCAACGCAAUUUCCAUUUAAUUCCAUAAAUCAUGAUCGUGAACUCUUGGAUGAAGUAGAACGUAUUGAACCCAAACAUUGGCCAGAUAUUUUAUAUACUCGAACAAUUGUUUCUUCUACUACAGAGACACCACUAUUACGAAACCCAUUUUAUCCACUUAUAUUUACUCAAAAAAAUUCAUCGACGCAAAGAUAUCCACCAAUCGCAGCAUCAUUACCUACAGUAUCAAUAGAUGAAGUUUUUUGCGAUUUUGGAUCAUUUCCAGCGCAAACACUUUGUGAAUGGCAAAAUGGUGAUAGUAUACUAGACUGGGUGGCUGGAACAGGUAUGGGUACCAAUUGGAUGGGUGGUCCAUCAAGUGAUUAUACUACUGGUACUAUGGAAGGAGGAUAUGCUUUUCUUGAAACAUCAAAAUUGUUACAAAGAGAUGAUAAAACAAAAAAUCUAGGAGGAUUGUUACAUAGUCCUCAACUAGGAAGCACUGGAGUUGUUGGAACUUGCAUCAUGUUUAAGUAUAAUAUGGAUGGUCUUAGCAUUGCUGGUCUAAGAGUUUUACUUCAUGUAGGUGUGGAUGAAUAUUCCAUUAAGAAGGAACAAACUGAAGAAAUCAUUCCAGAAAAUACAACCAUACCAUUUUGUAAACCAUUGGAAAUUUUUGACGAACGUGUUAUUUGGAAUGCUCAGUAUUAUACUUUAGGUGUUUGGCAGCAAACUCAGAUGUUAUAUACUUAUCCCGAUGUACAUUCGUUGAUCAUCGAAGGAAUUCCCGUAGAUUCUACUGAUCCAGCUCGUUUAUAUAGAGGUUACAUAGCUGUAGAUGAUAUAGAUUUACAACCAGGGACUUCGUGCAUCGGUUUUUGUAAUUUUGCUGGUGGAUUUUGUGAUUGGGCUAAUGAUGCAGAUGAUGACUUCGAUUGGACAAUUAGUCGAGGCAGUGGAAAUCCAACAACUGGACCAGCAAUGGAUAGUUCGACAGAUCGAUUAACAGCUGGAGGAUAUGCGUAUAUAGAUUCUUCUUUUCCGCGUCGACCAGGAGACAAAGCUAGACUUGUUAGCACUAGUUUUCCUGCACCAAGUGCUGAUACACCUAUGUGUAUGCACUUCUGGUUUCACAUGUUUGGUUCCGGAAUCGGUACUUUAAAGCUAUUGAUGCGUCAUUUUCGUAGUUUGGAAGCUCCGUUUCGAGAAAUUUGGAGUUUGAACGGGAAUGCUGGAAAUACAUGGUUCAUAGCUCAAAUUACGAUCAGUUCUCUAGAUGAUUUUCAACUUCUUUUUGAAGCGUCUGUAGGAAACACUGGAAUGGGAGAUAUUGCUAUUGACGAUAUUUCUUUUGCACAAGGAUCUUGUCCAGCUUUACCUCAAGUUGCUGUACCUAUACUACGAGAUUGUACUUUCGAAGUUGAUGAGUGUGACUGGAUCAAUUCUCGAGAUCCUGAUCGAGUGGAAUGGGAAAGACUCUCUAUACAAGCGCUAAAUCUAAGAAAUCAACGGAAACCAUACAGCAAUGGAUACAUAGUGAAUCGAAGAAACGAAUAUUUUCUUGGUCUAGGUCGUCCAAGAGAAGGAUAUCGAUCAUCCGGAGGCGGAACAGCGCAACUUGUUAGUCGAGAAAUGAAAAGCAGUGAGGAACCUUUGUGCGUUACCUUUUGGUAUUUCAUGUUUGAAUCUUUUAUUGAUUCUGCUGGACCAAGUUUAGGAGUACUUCGUGUGUCUAUACAAACAAUUGAAAAAUCUUCAACCGAAUCUAGACCAAUCUGGCAGUUGUACAAUAAUCAAGGACCCACGUGGAAUUAUGCUCAAAUCAAUAUAAAUGAAAACGAAAACUUUAACGUAAUUUUUGAAGGUACUUGGGGUCCAAAUCGUGCCAGCGGUAGCAUUGGCAUUGAUGAUAUUUCUUUUUAUAUUGGCAAUUGUUCCGCGAAACCAUCUAGUGCAUCUGUGAGAUCAGAAGACUGUAGCUUCGAAAAAGGAUUAUGCGGUUGGGAAAAUAUUACUUCUUCGGAAAACGAACGUACAGUCACGUGGCAGCGUGCAUUUCUUACUCAUCGUCCAGCUCAAUUAUUGGAUAAAACUUUUGGAGCAACUGGAAAUUUUGUUUUCUUUGAUAUUUUUACUACAAAUAAACAAUCAACAGAUGUACGACUACGAUCUCCUAUAAUACAAACAUCGCCUGAUGAAGAAUCUGUUUGUUUCACUUUUUGGUUCGCUGCUUUUGGUGUUGAGGAAUCUACAACACUACAAAUUAUUAAAAUGAAUAUUGACAAAGAAAUUAAUAAUAAUGAAGAAAAUAAUGAAAAACAACAAUUAUGGUCAUUAACAGCAAAAGGAUUUAAUAAUCCAAGACCUGUAUGGACUGCUGCACAAGUAACGAUAGAUGCUCGUGUACCUUAUCGUCUCAUUUUAAAAGGAAGUGCUAGCAAUGGAGGUUUUGCUAUCGAUGACAUAAAAUUUCAGCCUCAAAGUUGUAUAAUUCGACCUGCUGCUGCUCAACCUAAUAAUGGAAGUUAAAAUAUUUUUAAUUAUAAAAAUUCAUAAUUAUUAUCUAUAUUAGAAUUAUAUUUUUAUUCUAUUUGUUACAAAACUUAAAUAGGAUAAGCUUUUGUAAAUAAUAAAUACAAAGUUUAAUUAAAAAAAAGUAAUAAUAAAUAUUUAUUUGUUCAAACAU